GGCUGCGGUAACAUAGUUGUAUACAAAAACGUCAUUGUUCCAACUAUCGCAGACCUGUAUAUGAUCUCUGAAUGUCAGAAAUUUAUUCAUUAGUUUAUUGUUAAUUUACUCCCUAAGAAAAAGGAAUUACAGAAAUCUUUGUUUACUUACUCCUUACUAAUUCAUACUGUCAGCUUUCCAUAAAUAAAGUUUCACAUUUAUUGAAUAAUCGAGAUGGCUGGUCAAGAGAACAAUAAAACAAAUGGAGACAGCGCUGAAGAUAAUAUGGAAAUAGAACCUACGACCCAAGAGCAAAACAGUGAUGAAAAUUUAAACGAAGGUCCGUAUGAUUGGACUCUUCAUCAUUAUAUAUUCGACAAAAAAUAUCAAGUACAAAUAAAAGAAGAGGAAAAGGACCAAUCUGAAGUACAUGGAUUACGCAUAUAUACAGAUGGCUUCUAAACUGAGAACGGUUCAGGAGCCGGAGUCUUUUCCAAGACAAAUAACAAAUUAAUAAUUGAAUGCCACCGGGCACUGAAUAAGAUAUCUUCUAAUAACCGAGUUAUAUUCCAGUAGAUAAGAGGGCACAGUGGAUUUUAUGGUAACGAUGCCACAAACAAGCUAGCUAGAAGUGGUUCUGGAACAAAGGUGGUAAGCCCAUAUCCACUUCUUCCACUUCCGUUCUCGCAAAUUCGUCAAAGAUCCGCGACAUACAAAACCAAAGAUGGAUACAGGAUACAGAUUGCAGACAAUCAAAAUUGGCCUUGCCAACGUUGAAUCAACGACUAUCAAAACGUUUAUUACAUCUAGAUAGGAUAAACCUUAAAAUAAUAAGGACAAUAACGGUCCAUUGCUCAUUAAACAAAUAUUUAUACACAAUAAGAACCACAGACAGCCCUCUAUCUCGAGGCUGUUUAGACGCCAAAGAAACGACUAUCCUGGAAUGUGAGGCUGCGGCCCAUUAACGUUUACAUAUCUUCUAAACAAUGAGGUCGCUCCGUGAGGCCUACGAAGAUUCCAGGAAGUUUCUGUGGUUCUGGGUGGAGCUAGGUUGGCUAUGCUAGCCACGAUUCAUACGCACAAAGG